AUAAACUUGACGCCACUGAUGAAUCUGAAGUGAACUUUAAACAGCAGCUCUCGACUCGUGGACGCAUUUCCCGCCCUCAUGUGUGGAGAAAAUGGCAACGGCGACAGAAACACCGCCAGCUCUUCCAGAUGAUCCAGUGAUGCGGAUUCUCCUGGUGGGCAGGAAAGGUUCUGGGAAAAGCUCAUCUGGAAACACCAUCCUGCGAAAAAAGAAGUUCAAAGUCUACAAACAAAACAAGAAACACGAGUCUAAACUUUGUAAUGCUGUAACUGAGAUCCGAGGAACACAGGUUGAUGUUCUGGACUGUCCAGAUCUGCUGGAUCCUGAUGUGAAUGAAGAGAAACUGCAGAAACUGGAGGAGCAGCUGCUGUCUGCAUGUUCAGCAGGUCUCAGUUCAGUUCUGCUCACCGUUCCUCUGGAGGAACCACUGCAGAAUGAAGAGGAGAUGCUGGAGUACAUUAAACAUCUGUUUGAUCCUGAAGUACUGAAGUACAUCAUGAUCCUGUUCACACAUGAAGAUGAGCUGGAGGAACUGGAUGAACCACUGAGCAUUGAGGAAUAUCUUCAAAAUCAUGCAGAUCUCCAGCGGUUGGUGACUGAAUGUGGAGGAAGAUUUCACUGCUUUAACAACAACAGUAAAUCAGGAGAUCAGGUGAAAGAUCUUCUGCAGAAGAUUGAGGGAACAGUGGAGGAGAACAGAGGGAAGUUUAUCAAGCACAUGAGAAGAACCAACAGCAAGGACAAAAUGAUUAGUUUUUCAGGAGCAAGUUCAGCUGAAGAACAGUCAGAUGAGCUUCAGGUUCCUGAAGGUGAAAAAGAGGUCAGACUGGUUCUGCUGGGAAAAACUGGAGUGGGGAAAAGUGCCACUGCUAAUACCAUCAUCGGCAGAAACCGCUUUAACUCCUCCAGCAGUUCACGCUCUCAGACCAAACAGUGCCAGUCAGAAACUAGACUGAGGAGCAGUAAGCAGAUCUCCGUCAUCGACACUCCUGGACUGUAUGACACUGAACUGGGUGAAAAGGAGAUCAUUACAGAAAUAGCCAAAUGCAUAACUUACGCUUCUCCUGGUCCACACGCUUUCAUUAUUGUGAUUAAAGUGGGCAGAUUCACUGAAGAAGAGAAAAACACAGUACAGCAGCUGAAAGAGGUGUUUGGAGAACAGAUGGAGAAAUACUCCAUGAUCAUCUUCACUCAUAAAGAUCAGUUAGAGGAAAAGAAAACCAUUGAGCAGUUCCUACAGGACAGCGAUCCAAAUCUCAAAGAACUCGUGGAGAGUUGUGGGAAGCGGUUCCUCUGUUUGGACAAUAAAUCUGCCAGUUUCCCCCAGUUUAAAGAUCUGAUCAGUAAAGUAGAGGAGAUGGUGGAGGAAAAUGGGGGAGAACACUUCUCCAGCGAGAUGUUUGAAGAAAUACAGAAACGCAUUGAGGAGAUUCAGAAGCAGAAACUGAAGGAGAAAGUCAAGCAGUUCAAGAAGAAGCACACAGAAGUUACUCGGACAGAAUGGCAGAAAAUCUACUGGCGUUUAGUGCAGGAGUCCAAGCAUGAAGCUCAGGAAACCAAUAUUGAAAGGUUUUUAGAAGGUUAUGCCACAUCUUUGGCAAGACAUGAGGCGAUGUUAAAAGUGACCAGUGAGGAGAAAGAGGCAGCCAUUGCAGAGGCUAAGAGGAUAGGAGUCAGUCAUGCAAAUGCUGUUAAACUCGCAAUUAUAGCUACAAGGAAACUAGCCAAACAGAAGUGUAAAGUUCAGUGAGGGAUUUGGUCAUGAUCAGAAAUAUGACCCUUACUUCAGGUUUUCAUACUAAUACUUAUAAUAUUGAAAUCAAAUAUGAUCUAGUCAAAGCUGUAGGCAUCUUUACUGCUAUCUGCUGCUUAUAGGAGCUUCUGUGUCUCGGUCUGUAUACUGUGAUGAUAUUUUACAGUAGUCUUGGCAUUACACUUACACACUUCAACUGAUAUUAAUCAGUUAUAAGAUUUAUGCAUACGCAGAACUGAUUAUGAUUAUCAGACAAAAUUUGAUUAAAGGCAAAGCAGAGCCAAAAAAUGGAAAUGUCAAAUACAAGAAACAAGAAGGUUCCUUUGAAGAAAGAGCCAAAUAUGUAUCUUUUUCAAGACUUAAAUCUAACACUAACAGUUUUAGCACUUUGUAUUAUUAUAACCCCCUGCUCUGCACACUAUGCUGGACUAUCAGAGACUCGUCACAGCCUAUAUGUUGUUUGUAUAUUGAUUUGAUAAAUUCUGUUGUCCUCAUUCAUAAUUCAGUAUAGAUAAAAAUAAUCUGCUAAAUGAACAUAUGUAUAAAUAAAUUCAUUGGAAUAUGUAAGCAUGUAAGAGACAUAUGGAAACUGAAUAAAUAGACUUUAUGGUGCUGAA